CCGCAAUCCUCCCAUCACCACCGUCACCUUUUACUACAAGUACACACUGUUAUCUCUCUUAAGACUAACCCUUUCUCACCACACCUUCUCUCAAACUCCAAAUGGCUAUUAGAAAAUCACACAAACUACCUCAAACAGCAGUCCUCAAGCAAAUCCUCAAGAGAUGCUCGAGUUUAGGCAAGAAACAUGGCUAUGAUGAUGAUGGCCUCCCUCUUGACGUGCCAAAAGGGCACUUUGCUGUGUAUGUUGGUGAAAACAGAAGUAGAUACAUUGUUCCAAUCUCAUUUUUGAGCCACCCUGAGUUUCAGUCCUUGCUUCAAAGAGCAGAAGAAGAAUUUGGCUUUGAUCAUGAUAUGGGCCUUACUAUCCCUUGUGAAGAAGUAGUUUUUCGAUCUCUAACAUCAAUGCUCAGGUGAAAAGAUGAUCAGUAGGGUGAUGGCGGUGCAUGCUUGCUUGGAGAAGAUGGCUUAAGAUGAAGCUACACUAUAUUUAGCUUCUCUUUUUUUAACAUCUAUUCUCAAUUGUGAUUCGAGAUCCUGUUUUUUUUUUCAUGUAUUCUCUCUUGGAAACCCUGCUGGGUUCUUAUGUCAAAUUAAUUACUAACUUAGAACCCAUGAAAAGAAUGCAUAGGUUUGAGAUGUAUAAGGUCUGGUUUUCCUCACAGAUGUUAGUUGUUAACACCUGAGAGAAGCAAGGUUUAAUGCAAGGGUGAUUUGCCUGUUUAGCUGCACAAA